CCGGCCGAUAGGCUGCCGCUGGCGCUUCCCCUUCUGGCGAUGGCUGAAGCCCCGCUCCGCCGGCGAGGCGUUGGCCUGCUGCCCGUUUGCUUGCAGCGGUCGCCCCACAGCGGUGGAGCACGAAAGAGCUCCUCUGCACAGUGGUGCCCAUUCCCCAUGCUGCAGCCCCAGGGGUAUUGCUCUCAUCCCGACCCUGCUACUCUCCAUCCCAAUUGUGUGAUCCGUCUUCCCCGCAAAUCCGCAGUGAAAUCAAGGGAACACCAGGACUGCAGCAUCCCUUACUUUACUCUCCACUUACUGCGCUCUACAGUGCCCCGAGCAGGAGACAUGGGGAUCUUUCAGAGCACUCUCUCUCUGUGCCACCCACCGCACCCUAGUCACUGCUGCAAAGGAAGAGUGCAGCACGUGAUACCUGCACAGCACUCUGAGAAGAUAUACCCAUGCUAUGCAAUCAAAGAGGAGGACUGGAAAUCAGCACCAAACAAGCGUACACCUUUGUCUUACUUUGCCCACAGUGCUCAUCUUCUUCGCCUCUGGAGUCUCUCUCAGGAAGGAGUCUGGGCUCAAAGAGUUGUGCUCAGAUCAGCAGUGCUACCAGCUCCACAGGUACAGCCCACAAAAGUCUGUCUGUCCAGGGAGCAGCCUACACUGCCCUAAAUAGCAGCUAGCAUUUCCCUCAUUCCACUCCCGUUUCCCCUCCUACCUCAGCACUCCUCCCUUUUCAGUACUCUUCUCCUCCCCUUUCAGUACUUCCUUCCCUGUACUUCCCAUGAUUUCCUCAACCUUUUGUUUGCUUGAGAUGAGAAAUAUUAAAUAUUCUAGCUCACAAAAUCGACUGUUUCUAACUCCACAGUAAACUAGCAAUGAACUUCUAUUAAUCCCAUAUAUGUUCCUAUGGCCUAGCAAAAUAUUAAAGGUGCUGUUCAUGCUGCAUAUCAAAUACUAAGAAACGGUGUAUAUCUUCACUUGGCUUGGACUGUGUUGACUUGCCUGGUGAUGGCAGGACACAGAUAUAUUUAGUAUUAUCUGUUGACUUUGAAGAGAGCAUAAGGGAAAGCCUCCUCUUGGUAUAUAUGUGCAGCUGGUGAAAGGGAAGAGUGCUUGG